AUGGCAUCCGACAGCUUCUUAGGUGCAGACCCUCCUAUGUUUACAGGAGAAAAUUAUCACAUAUGGGUGAUAAAGAUGAAGGCUUAUCUCAAAGCUCUUAGUCUAUGGGAAACAAUUGAAACUGAAGAUGAUCCUCUUCCACUUGGACCAAAUCCAACAGUUGCACAAAUGAAGAUUUAUGAAGAUGCGAAGUCAAGAAAACCCAAGGCUCUCAGAUGUCUUCAUUCAGCACUUUCAGAUGUGAUUUUCACAAGAAUAAUGGCUUGUGAAACACCUAAAGAAGUAUGGGAGAAGCUAAAAGAGGAGUUCGAUGGAAGUGACAGAGUGAAGACUGUCAAACUCUUAACUCUCAAAAGAGAAUUUGAGAUGUUAAGGAUGAACGAAGGAGAUACUGUGAAAAAGUAUUCUGCCAAACUUGUGGAGAUUGUAAACAAAGUAAGGCUGUUUGGUGAAACCUUUCCAGAUUCAAGGGUGGUGGAGAAGAUGAUGAUAAGCUUACCAGCAAGGUUUGAGUCCAAGAUUUCAGCAAUAGAAGAAUCUUGUGAUUUGAAGACUUUAUCUGUGGCAGAACUGAUCAGCAAGCUGCAAGCCCAAGAACAAAUAUCAAGUAUAAGAGAUGAAGAAGUAGCAGAAGCGGCAUUUCAAGCACAACAUAAAGGCAAACGGCCUAUGAAGGACAAUAGAAGGAUGGAAUGA